AACGAUAGACAGCUACGCAGGCAGAAACAACAACAACCUAAGAACUAGGCGAAGAAAAUGUAUUAAAAUCUUUAAAAACCGCGAAAAACCCAUAUAAAUCCAUCACAAUUAAGCAUUAAAAGUCAAGCACAACGCAAGCAUGGCCUCCGCAACGGUAAGAAAUGUGCCGUUACUCGACGAUGACACGAUACCCUUUGGCGAGGAGGACGAGAUGCGGGAUCCCAGUCGUGCCUCCCAGAAAUACACGCACCCGUAUGUCACCUUCUUCCACCUGUUCUUCAGGGGUGCCGCCAUUGUCAUAUACAUAUUUUGCGGCUGGUUCAUCGACUCCUUUAUCACCAGCUUUGUGUUUGUGGUGCUCUUCCUAUCCGCUGACUUUUGGACGGUGAAGAACAUUUCAGGAAGAUUACUGGUGGGUCUUCGAUGGUGGAACUACGUCGACGACGAGGGCGUUUCGCACUGGGUGUUUGAGUCCAAAAACUCUGAAUCCUACCAGAGUCGGAUCAACAAGCACGAGCAGCGAAUCUUUUGGCUGGGCCUCAUCCUGUGUCCCGUUUUCUGGGGUCUCUUCUUCCUAAUAGCCCUCUUCGGGCUGAAGUUCAAGUGGCUUCUGCUAGUUAUGAUCGCCAUUGCGCUCAAUGCCGCCAAUUUGUAUGGCUACAUCAAAUGUAAUUACGGCGCUAGCAAAGAUCUAAACUCCGCCGCCACGGACUUUGUGAAGACGCAGCUUUUUAAGAACGCCAUGGACAUCAUGACUAAACCCAGUACCGCGCAGCCGCCAACCAACGUUCGUCCCACGGGAGUCGUCUGAGCUGGGAGAGACUCCGAUUACUAAGUCACCUUGCCACCGUCUGCCGCAGCGCAUUCCAAAGAGUAUUUAACGCUUCUUUUGGCCGGUAACCAAGAACUUUGAACGGCAUCGCUGUCUGUAUGUAACAUAUGUAAAACUUAAUUUAGCCAUAUUGCAAUCUAUCUUAAUCAUUUCUUACUUUUACUUGAAUUAAACGAUCGCAUGUCCGUGUGACAAGCAAAUAGUAA